AUGGCGACCAUAGUACAGAAACUCCCAAAGGUCGAGUAUGCCAUCUUUGACUUAGACGGACUCAUGAUUGAUUCCGAGAGGAUAUACACCGAAGUGACAAGUGCGUAUCAAAUCCUCGCGGAGUAUGGCGUCCAAAUGACCUGGGACAUAAAAGCAGGAUUAAUGGGAAAACCUGAACGUGAAGCUGCCGCUCACCUCCUUUCCUUCUUCCCAGGACUCUCUCUAACAAUCGAAGAAUAUCUGAAGCGGCGUGAUGUUCUCCAGAAUGCUCUCUGGCCUACUGUUCCGCCUCUCCCCGGGAUCAUUCGUCUCGUGCAACAUCUUCACAAGCAUAGCAUCCCCAUUGCCAUCUCCACGGGCACGAGACGGGCGAACUUCAACAUGAAAACGUCUCACCUGGAGAAAGAAAUAUUCGGAUACUUCGGCAAUAAAGUGGUAUGUGGAGACGAUGAUAUACUGAAGGUUGAAGGCGGCGGCAAGAUCAACGGCAAACCUGCCCCGGAUGGGUUUUUGGUUGCCGCGAGGGAAAUGCUGGGGAGGAACGUAGGAAAGGGUGCAGGGGAAUCUGCAACGCCCGAGCAGCGCGCCGAGCGCGCUAAAGGACUAGUCUUUGAGGACGCGAUCCCAGGAGUACAAUCGGGCAAGAGAGCUGGGAUGAACGUGGUCUGGGUUCCCGACCCAAAUCUGGCGAGCCUCCCGUAUCCUGAUGAUAUAGAAAGACCGGAUCAAACACUACCGUCACUCGAAGCCUUCGUUCCUGAGCAGUGGGGGCUGCCGCCAUACGACAAUGAUGCCCUUGCGUAG